AUGGCUUCCGACCUCGAGCAGCUCAUUGAAAUGGGCUUUGACAAGGAAAGAGCUGAGCUGGCUGUCUCCCAAACUGGUGGUUUACAAGGGGCGCUGGAAUGGCUUGAGCAGAACCAGGAUAAGUCAUUGGAGGAGAUCAAGGCUACGCAAUCAGAGCAGGCCGAAGACGAGGGACCAGCUCUUGAACCAGGUGAAACUUCGCGCAGCCUGGUAUGCAACGAGUGUGGUAAAAAAUUCCGUAGCCAGGCUCAGGCUGAGUUCCAUGCAUCCAAGUCACAGCAUGUAGAUUUCUCAGAGUCUACCGAGGAAAUUGCCCCAUUGACAGACGAGCAAAAAACGCAGCGCUUGGCUGAACUGAGAGAACGCCUGGCUGCAAAGCGUGCUUUGCAGUCGGAGCAAGAUAAAAUUGACCAAAAGAAAAACGAAGAAAUUCGACGCAAGAGUACCAAAGAGAAUCAAGAUGCGAAAGAGGCACUCGAGCGGAAAGAAAUGAUGAAGGAGGCGGCCAAGAAGAAGAAGGAAAAGCAGGACGAGAUUGAAGCCAAGAAGCGCAUCAAGGCCAAGAUCGAAGCCGACAAGGAAGAUCGUCGUCGGAAAGCUGAGCGUGAAAAGGCGCAACGGGCCGGCGUUGCUCUUCCUUCGGAUCCAAUCGCUGCUUCAAUUACUCAACCCUCUGGUUCUGCCGCAUCCAAACCUGCAUCUGCGUAUACUGAAACUCGCUUGCGGUUCCAGACACCCAAUGGAAAUGUUCUGAAGACACUCCCUGUCACAACCACCCUUUUCGAAGUGGCCGCGGCUUUGAAGCAAGAUGAUGGCGUUGAGGUUCAAAGUUUCGUCCAGAACUUCCCCCGAAUGGUUUUUGACGCUGAAUUUUUCGGAAAGUCAUUGAAAGAACUUGGCCUCACUCCAAGUGCAAGCCUUGUUGUUCAAUAG